AGAAUUCAAAUAUAGGAUUACCAUCCAUUUGUAGCACUCAUUGAAACCUUAACCCUUCACAGGGCCAUCUUAAUUGCAUGCAGCUUUACUAAGCGUUCAUUUUGCAUUAAACUCGGCAGUAAACAGUAUUUAUAUGUCAUCACCGUGUAUAUAGUAUGCUGUCUUAAUUCCACCUCCCCUCUCUCGCCCUUCUGACGCAUUAACCCUUCUCUGGCCUGGUAAUCGAAAACGUGCUUGUAAAUGUGCAACGUGAGCGGCGCUCCUUUUUGGGGUAAAGCUUAGCUCAGUUUACGUGCCCCACGCUUUUGUGGGCAACUCUUGUAUUAUAUUACCACAUGGCAUGCUACUACUACUACAACUACUACUACCAAUUCGGCUCUAAUUCUCAUUAUUGCUAUAUUGUACUUACCAAACUUACUUAACCAAAAUCAACUGCAGUUUGAAGUCGCCUCAUACAAAACGCAUGCUGAGCUGCUAUUGAGGCAGCAGACACCUAUGGAAAUAUCAUCAUGUGGCUUGGAUCUGUCAGAGGCGUGGCAAAGCAACAAUAUAAUCGGCAUCAACAGCAACCAGAGCAACAGCAAGAGCAGCAACUGCAACAACAACAGCAACAGCGACUACAGCGCGUUGUCUUGCAUCUGAAAACCUAACAGCAAUCAAACGAAUAAUAAUCGCCGCUAACUAAAAUAAAUCGCUAAUCGCUGCUAAUCGUAAAUCGUUAAUCGUUCGGUCGAUCAUCAGCAAAUAACAAGCAAUAAUAAAAGUAUCGCAUUUGUGUUAUGUUUAUGUGUGUGGUGUAUUCGUUUUGUUUGUUUAUCUGUUGUUUGUAAUAAUAAUACAUAAUAAUAAUAAUAAUAAUACCAUCAUCACAACCUGCCUGCCGCUAACGAUCAUGCAUAGACCAAAGCUAGCAAAUCCUAUAACUGCUGCCGGUAUUGCCUCAUCCAUAUCAAACAAAAACAACAACAGCAACAACAACAAAUCAAAACGUUCACGUCAAUUCAGCAUCAGCAAGCAACCAACAACAACUAACGAAUCUGCUACAGUGUCAUCGUCAACGUUGCCACACUACGAACAGCAUUCGAAUCCGCAUUCGCAUUCACAAUCGCAACUAAUUGACGCUUCAAUUGAUUUAGAACAUUACAUCAGCGCCAUGGAGGCACGACGCAACGACAACGAGCCGGAUGUCUGGGCUCAAUUGCAGCAAAAGGAAUCGGAUAUACUAUUAGCCGCUGAGCUCGGCAAAGCCUUGCUCGAAAAAAACGAAGAGCUGGUGAAGCAGCAAGAGAAACUAAUUGAGGACUAUUCGGGUAAAAUUGAGAAACUUGAACAAGAGAAACAUGUACUACGCCAGAAGUUGGCCAUAGCAGAGGAUGAGAGUGAUCAGCGUGUGCUCGAACUGCAAUCCGAUCUCAAUGAGCUCAAGGACAAACUGCAGACACAGGAUGCGGCCAUUAGGCAGGCGGAGAAGGAGAAAACUAUACUGAUCGAUGAGCUGCAGCAUCAGAACACACGACUCACCGAGCAGAUUCAGGAGGCGCAUGCCACCGAAAUGAAGCUCAGCGCACAGAUCCAAGAGCUCAAGGAUCAAUAUCACUACAGAAACAGCAGUCUACAGGAGCACGUGAACAGCCUGGAGUCGAUAAAAACCGAACUAAACCUCACCACAGGCAAGCGACAGGAGUUGGAGCGUCGUCUGCAGCACGCGCAGGAGGAGAAAGAGAGCCUCACCUCUUCGCUGGAGGAAGCAUCGGACAGAAUUCAUAUGCUGGAGCGACAUGCUCGCGAACAGGAAACAAAAUUAGAGACCACGUUACAAGCAUUGGAGCGCUCUCAGCGUGAGAAUAAUGUGCUCAGCGAGCGUUUGGGCGCGGACACCAACUCCAUGCCAGGCAAGAAGAGCUUGCAGUUCGAAAUGGAAUGCGAUGAGGAAGAGGCGAGCUUCACGGAGACGGGCAAACCCAGCCAAAUGUGGAUAGAGGCUCGUUCGGUUUACAUACAGCUGAAAUCCCUGGUGGAUUCGCUCAAAGUGAGCCAUGACGAUGACUCAGGUCUCAAUUCGGACAUAUCGCUGGAUCUGGAAUCCAUGGAUAACACAAUGUCCAGCACAGACCGCAGUGAAGGUGAUCACAUCGCCAUUGAAUUCCGCCAGGGCAUGCUGUCUGCCAUGUCGGAUGAGCUGACGCGGCUUCUGCUGAAUCUGGAUGCGGGCAACUUCAAGAAAAUGCUGGAUCAAACACGCAAUCUUGUGCUGGAACAGGAGGAUGAGAUCAAGCGCAGCCAUCAGCUGAUACAGCAGCUGGAGGCCAAGGUCACCGUGACAGAUGUGGAGCUGCAGAAUGUGAAGGAGGAGCGCGAUCAGGCACGUGGCGAUUUGGUUGACAAUACGGAUCGCGAUGAGCUGCUGACAAAGGCGCAAAAGGAACGUGAUGCGGCCAACGAGCGUCGCACCAAGGCCGAGGUGGAGCUGGCAAAGAAUCGCGUCGAGUUAAUGCAGGCCAAUAGCCAGCUGCUCGAGUCCAUUCAACAGAAGGUGGAACUGUCACAGCAGUUGGAGCAAUGGCAAAUGGACAUGCAGGAGCUGAUCGAUGAGCAAAUGCGUUCCAAGUUGAUUAACAAUCGCCGUGUGGCAAGCAGCGAGACGACAUCAGCGCCGCCGAGCAGUGCUGCCGCCAAUCUGGCCAAACGUGUGUCCAGCUAUAAGCUCUGGAGUUUAUUUCAGCGGUAGAUGGACAAAUUUGACAGCGCGCUGGAAGAUCUACGCAACUCUUAUAUUUUUAAUGUAGAAAAGACGUGAGGAAUAAGCAAAGAAGUUGAAGUUAUAAAAUGAGCUAUAUAUUUUUAAUAUUUAUACACACACAAAAGAGAGCCUAGGCAUAUAUCUAUAUAUAUACAUAUAUGUAUUUGUACUUAAAGAUGUUGUAAUUUGUAUGUACUAUAUUGAAACGAUGCGCCCUUCUUCGGUUUUGUAGUGAAAUCUUUUUGAAUUACGCUUUAUUAAUCUUAAAACAAAACAAAAACAUUAUUACUUAUGUAUGUAUUAUUAUAAUUGUACUCUCGUACCUACGUUUAAACAAUAUUUCUGUACACAAAUUAUCUAAACGCUUGCUCUCUGUCUCUAUCUCUCUAACUAUCUCCUUGUUUAGUUAAUCUUGUAAUUGUUUAAGCUGAAAACGGAAAAUCAAAAAACAUAUCGCGCCAUUUUGUUGAGCGUCUGGUGAAUGGCUUUUAAAGCCUUUUGCUAGUUCAUAAAACUUGUGUUUGCGAUUACUGAAAUCAAAAUGUUAUGAUCGUAUCUCUAACCUAUAAUCGUACUUAAGCAUAAUUAAGUGUAAGCAAAGCAUUUAUGUUAAAACUAAAUAUUAUACGACAUUAUGUGAGUAUAUACAUAUACAUAUAUAUGUUUUUCAAGCAGGCAGACAACGGGAUUGCACGUGUAAUGCACGUCAGACAGACAACUUGCCUUAAAUACGGACAAUGAAACGGAAAGUUUAACAUUUUAGAUUGUUUAACUACAUAACUUACCAAUAAAUCUAUACAAAAUAAAAA